GCCAAUUGGUCAGUUAGGACAGGGCAUGAGCCUCAGAAUGUUGCCAUUGCAGAUCUGUGACCAUGACUACUGUGGAAUCCUCAGAGUAGGAGAGUGAGUUGGCAGGGUUUGGAGUGCCUUACUCAACUUUCAAGUCAGUGUCAAAGAGUGAAGAGCGAAGGAUGUCUGCAUCCACCCGAAACCCUUCUGGGCGUUCAGGGUGUUUUAGUUGGCUGGCCUGCCUGAGCUCCUGUGUAGAGGGAGAUGUCCCCAAAGAAAAGCAGCCCUGGGUGGAGCCCUGUGGUCGGUUUCUGCUCCGCUGCACAGUCAAGGUCAAGAAGGGCCGCAGGAGGCAGAUGCGAGAACUAUUUCUCUGCUCCAACGUGCUGUUCAUUUCCAAUACCAAAUAUGAAGACAGAUUCAAGAUUAAGUAUUCAGUGCCCCUGGAAAUCCUGUGGGUGUCUGACUGCGUGGAGAAGACUGGGAGAGCCAACAGCAGGGCCAGGAGGUCCCUAGUUCUAGGCUGGCCUAAUCGCAGCAUCAUGAUCUCCUUUUAGUAAGAUCUCUAGAUUCUUGGUCUUGUUCUUUGCACAGUCUUUCCACUAGGAAACAUUUUCUUUUUUUUAAUUU